AUGAUUCUGCAGCUUUCUCCUAGCAUCUCCAAUGUCUCCACUUCCCGAAAAGGAAGGUCAAUUACAGGCGCCGACGCUUCCAAACAAGGGGUUCGUCGAACUUGGAAGCGGCUGCUUGAUGGCCAUUGUGGGAUCGUUAACAUUAGACAUCGGGAUGCUCGAUAUGCAGACUUGCCCUGUGAGAUUGCCGCGGUUGUUCCGAGCGGUGCUCGCGCGGAGGGGAGAUGGACGGCAUCCGAAUGGUUGAGUAAAGAUGAUGAGCGCAAGAUGGCACGAUUCGCCCAGUAUGCAAUGGCUGCUGCGGAAGAGGCCCUGGAGGAUGCAGAGUGGAAGCCAAAGGCUGAAGAUCAGUUAGAAGCAACAGGAGUCUGUCUGGGAUCUGGAAUUGGCAAUUUUGAUGAGAUUUAUGAUGCAGUGGUAGCGUACGACACAAAAGGCUACAAAAAACUGUCUCCUUUGUUCGUACCGAAGUUGUUGAUCAAUCUUGGGGCUGGGCAUAUAUCCAUGAAGUAUGGCUUUAUGGGCCCUAACCAUUCAGCAACUACCGCUUGUACGACGGGUGCCCAUUCUAUUGGCGAUGCUGCUCGUUUUAUUGCUUGCGGAGAUGCGGAUGUCAUGCUUGCCGGCGGGGCGGAGUCUUGUAUUCACCCACUUGCUAUUGGAGGCUUCGCAAGGGCACGAAGUCUAGCAACGGCGUACAAUGACCGUCCUGAGAAGUCUUCGCGGCCGUUUGAUGCUGACCGUGAUGGCUUCGUGGUCGGCGAGGAGCAUGCUAAGGCACGAGGUGCUCGUAUAUAUGCUGAGGUGAAAGGCUACGGUUGUUCAGGAGACGCCCACCAUAUGACAGCCCCCAAGGCGAACGGUGGAGGCGCUCUGCUAGCAAUGAAAAAAGCCCUAAAGAACGCUUGUCUCGAGCCCUCAGCUGUCGACUAUAUUAACGCCCAUGCAACUUCGACUGUCAUCGGCGACGCUGCUGAAAAUGCCGCAAUCAAGGCUCUCCUCCUUGGCCCCGGGGGUAAACAGAAAGCGGCUGAUGUGAAUGUCAGCAGUACCAAGGGAGCCAUAGGACAUCUACUAGGAGGAGCGGGAGCCGUCGAGGCUCUAUUUACUGUCCUUGCUAUUCAUGAGAAUGUUAUGCCACCUACCAUUAACCUGGAUCGUCUGAAUGACGGUUUCGACUUUAAUUACGCGCCCAAUGAGGCUCAGGAGCGCCGUAUUGAUCUAGCGUUGACGAAUAGCUUCGGAUUUGGGGGGACGAAUAGCAGUCUUUGCUUCUCGAAGCACGGGCUAUAG